AUUUCCAGCGGUUUCGCGAUGGCGGCGAGCGCUGCGGAGACGACGGUGGGCGGGUACGAGCUGCGGGAGCGCCUCGGCGGGCGGCCGCCGUCCACGGUGGUGUGGCGCGCGGUGAGCCGGUCGACCGGAUGCCCCGUCGCGGUGAAGCAAGUGCGGCUGGCUGGCCUCCCCGGCACCCUCCGCGACAGCCUCGACUGCGAGGUCUGCUUCCUCGCCGCCGUCACCCACCCCAACAUCAUCCGCCUCCUCGACGCCAUCCAGACCCAGAGCAGCCUCUACCUUGUCCUGGAGCUGUGCGAGGGAGGAGACCUGGCGGCAUUCAUCGAGCAGAACGGGAGGGUGGAGGAGCGCGUCGCCAGAAAUUUCAUGAGACAGAUCGGAGCUGGCUUGCAGGUGCUCCGCAUGCACCAUGUCGUCCACAGGGACUUGAAACCCGAGAACAUCCUGCUGUCUUCUCCUGGCAGCAACGCCAUCCUCAAGAUAUCUGAUUUUGGCCUGUCAAGAGUUCUUCGUCCUGGGGAAUACACAGACACCAGUUGCGGCACUUGUUUAUACAUGGCCCCAGAAGUUAUGCUAUUUAAGAAGUAUGAUGGCAGGGUAGAUUUGUGGAGCAUCGGCGCUAUUCUCUUCGAGCUCUUGAACGGUUAUCCUCCAUUCCAUGGCAGAAGCAAUUUUCAGCUGCUUCAAUGUAUAAACAGAACCACAUCUCUUCCAUUCUCGGAAACCGUCGUUUCCAAGCUGCAGCCUGAUUCUAUUGAUCUAUGCACCAAACUGCUGUGUAGCAAUCCAGUGAAAAGGAUUUCCUUCCAAGAAUUCUUCAGCCACAGCUUCCUCAGACCAUAGAUGCUUUACUGAAGAACACAAGGAAACCCAUCAAUAUCAUCUAAAGUUCAGACAGUUGAGUUGUCCAUUUGUUGUAUACUUGACAUUCAGGUACCUCUGUCACUGUGUAUAAGGCUUCAGAACCUUGUUUGCAAGGCUGCUUGUCUUCUCUGUAAACCAAAAUGUGAAUAUAUAUGUUGGGAGUUCUGUAGA